CGGACCGCGUAGUAAGACUUGGACGGGAUAAUUUUGUGGGGGUCCAAAGAAAACGCCUGUCUUUAAGAUAGUUAUUGGGACACUUGUUCAAAUUCUAGAUGUAAUCCAUCCUUCAAUGGGGAGAGCGAGAACCAGAGCCAGAGCCAGAAUUUCAGAGAUUAAUCCCUUUUCUAAUGGCAAUUACACAUUUUCUAAUGUGAUUUCUCAUCUUUGAUUUAUAAGGGUUCUAAUUCGUUUUUAAUGUUUGCUACCCAAAUCAAUUACAAUGUGGAGGAGAUUCUGGUCAAGUGGAAUUUUGAAGCACACCAUAUCAGCGGCAGUUGUGGGUGGGAGGAACUCCCCGCAGCCGUCGCUAUGGUUGAGAAUGGGAUGGACGCCAAUCCAAAAACCUGUUGGAUGCGGCGGAGGGUCAACGGAAAUAGCGCUAUGGAGAAAGACCGUGUUACUGCCAGCAACAUCAUCGCCGUCGAAGUUCUUUAAUACUGAUGCUGGUGAUCGCAGCGAUAACAGCAAGGAAGGAGGAGGUGGUGGUGGUGGCGGCGGUGGCGGUGGUAAUAAUGGCCCUGAUAAUGUGACUUGCGCGGAGGUGAAGCGAUUGAUGAGGCUGGUGAAUGUGGAGGCAUUAAAGCUGAAGUUAGGGAUGGAGGGUAAGGAGGUUAUCCCUUAUUCUGAGCUCUUGCAGGCUUGCCAGAGCAUGGGCAUUGCCAGAUCUCAAGAUGAGGCCGUUGAGUUUGCUCGAGUCCUUGAUGAUGCCGGCGUUGUCCUUCUCUUCCGGGACAAGGUCUAUCUUCAUCCUGAUAAGGUGGUAGAGCUGGUUAAAAGAGCGAUGCCUCUUGCCCUGACUCAUGAAGAUGAUCCUGUGAGGACUGAGCUAAAGACACUGCAGGAGAGGAAGGAAGAUAUUGACAUACUUGCACAUAAGCAAGUCCGGCGCAUUCUCUGGUGUGGGCUUGGUCUAGGUUUGUUGCAGGUUGGGCUAUUUUUUCGACUAACAUUCUGGGAAUUUUCAUGGGAUGUAAUGGAACCUAUUGGAUUUUUUGCCACUACCACUGGUUUAAUUAUAGGCUAUGCUUACUUCUUGUUCACUUCAAGAGAUCCAACUUACCAAGACUUGAUGAAGAGGCUGUUUCUCUCAAGGCAGAGGAAAUUGUUCAAGAAGCAUAAGUUUGAUGUUGAGAGGUUCAGGGAAUUGCAAAAGAAAUGCAGGACACCUCUAGAUGCCACUGCCUCUCUUAAAAAUCGUGCUGGGUUGGAAGUCGAAUUGGAGGAUGCCAUCCAUAAGGACUAAUUAUUUUUUUUCUCUGCUGUCAUCUUCCUCGAUCUUGGUUGGAAUUUUUAUUUAUUGGCCAUCUAAUCCCACCUAUUUUGGUGUAGGCCAUGAGGAAAUUCUUUUCUUGCUGGCUUACAGAUUUCACCUUUCAAUUUUUCAUUACAUGAAUUCUUCCAUCCUAAGUCCCAAGAAACUAGGACACAUACCAGGAUUAUGGACCUGGAUUUUAUGCUGUACUUUGUGGUAACAAUACCCUUCCGACUUUCAAGCAUUAAGCUCAAAGCCAUGUAACCGUUGCUUCAUGAUCGUGAUGAAUAGUCUGAUGUCGAGAUUUUGCUUAGUUUUGCGGCUUUUGUAAUCGCUUCUCAAAAUAAGGUAUGAUUAUUUUGUUUCAGAAACAAAUUACAUUUUACGAAAGAAUUUAUAUUUUAUUUAAAAUUUUUCGCAUAGUGGUA